GACUUGAGGGGUCAUGGACAUGGACCCACGUCACCUAACAUUGGAAACUUUAAGACAAAGACCACUCUGGAACGUCCAAACAAUGACACGAGGCGAGCGUUGAACAUUUCCAUUGGACACUCAGGAAGCCCUUUUAUUCAUUGGCCUGCCAACCUCAUCCACGCUUCGUUUUUCCCACCGCGAGCUUCUGGCCGACGCGGCUUUUGUUGGCAUCACAGCAGAACUCGAGCAGAUGGUGAGGUGGACCAGUUGAGCACCAGUGACAAGAACUGCCACACGCACAAUCGCGCGUUUGAAAUCAGCUGACUAGCCUUGCUGCGCUGGUCAGCGCCAGGUGAUCCCUGCAUGUUGAGUUGGAGGAGGGCAAGAGAAUCGCGAGCUCAAGGAAGGCUCUUUGUGCGGGUCACCAGUGGCGAGGUUUUUAGUGUUCUACAGUCAGCAGCGGCAGAAGCACAGAGGACAGAAAAAAACGGCUUCUGGAGAGAAUAAAACGUGUCCUCUCUGAAUAUAGACGUCGCUUUGUAAGUUAAAUGUUAUAUUAUUUAUUUUCCAUAGAUAUAGCAGGCUUAAUAUUAUCUUUCAAGACAUAGCGCUCAAAUUUCCUAUUUUUUCCUGGAGCAUCGGAUUCUGUGUGUGUGGAGAGGCAUUCCGCUGGAUGCUAAAACGCUAAGGCUUAUUCUGCUGAAUUCUGAAGUUAAGAGAGAGAAAAACACGUGAGUGGAGGAAGAGGAUAACCCUGACCAUCCCCUGGCCCCAUUCUGAAACACACUCACACACAUUCACCCGCACUGUGGACCGCAGCUCCACCAGCCACUACCAGCCUGUACAGAGAGGACACUGAUGACCAUUGGUUGUUGAUGUCACAUCCCACACCUACCCUCCAGGCCCUCCUCAGGAACCCGGCCUCUCAUCUAAGAGCAGUGUGACCAGACAGAGAGAGCAGACAGCAUGACUCUAAGCCCCCUCCCUUGGCCCCCACUGGCAUGGCUGUGUGUAGGGCUGCUGUUGCCCCUGCUGCCCCUGGUGCGGGGCGGGGAGUGCCCGCGGCUGUGCGUGUGUGAGGUGCGCCCCUGGUUCACCCCCCAGUCCACCUACAGGGAGGCGGCCACAGUGGACUGCAACGACCUGCGGCUGACACGCAUCCCCUCCAACCUAUCCUCUGACACCCAGGUGCUGCUGCUCCAGAGCAACUCCAUCGCCCACACCAGCGGGGAGCUAGAAGCCCUGUUCAACCUGACGGAGCUGGACCUAUCCCAGAAUAACUUCAGCAGUGUGGAAGCCGUGGGCCUGGCCAACAUGAACCAGCUCACCACCCUGCACCUGGAGGAGAACCAGAUCAGCCAGCUGCCCGACCACUGCCUGCAGGACCUGAGCAACCUGCAGGAGCUCUACAUCAACCACAACCAGAUCAGCACCAUUGCCCCAGGGGCCUUCUCUGGCCUGCGCAGCCUGCUGCGCCUCCACCUCAACUCCAACAGGCUCCGGGUCAUCGACAGCCGCUGGUUCGAGGCCACGCCCAACCUGGAGAUCCUGAUGAUCGGCGAUAACCCCGUCAUUGGUAUCCUGGACAUGAACUUCAAGCCCCUGGGGAGUCUGAGGAGCCUGGUUCUGGCCGGCAUGGAUCUCACCGACGUUCCCGGGAGUGCUCUGGUGGGUCUGGAUAACCUGGAAAGCCUGUCCUUCUACGACAACAAGCUGGUCCGAGUUCCCCAGCUGGCCCUGCAGAAAGUGCAGAACCUGAAGUUCCUGGACCUGAACAAGAACCCGGUGCACAAGAUCCAGGAGGGGGACUUCAGGAACAUGUUGCAUCUGAAGGAGCUUGGCAUCAACAACAUGGCUGAGCUGGUGUCCAUCGACCGCUACGCCCUGGACAACCUGCCUGAGCUGACCAAGUUGGAGGGCACCAACAACCCCAAGCUGUCCUUUGUCCACCGGACGGCCUUCAGGGACGUGUCCUCAUUGGAGAGCCUGAUGCUCAACAACAACGCCCUCAAUGCCAUCUACCAGCGCACCGUGGAGGCGCUGCCCAAUCUGCGCGAGAUCAGCCUGCACAGCAACCCGCUGCGCUGUGACUGCGUCAUCCAGUGGAUGAGCUCAAACAGGACCAGUGUGCGAUUCAUGGAGCCGCGGGCCAUGCUGUGUAGCUCACCGCCUGAGCUCCGGGGCCAGCAGGUCAGGGAGGUGAGGCUACAGGACUCCCCAGAGCAGUGCCUGCCCCUCAUCUCCCACAACACCUUCCCCAGCCACCUGAGCCUAGAGCUGGGCAUGAGUGUCAGCUUGGACUGCCGGGCCAUGGCCGAGCCCGAGCCAGAAAUCUACUGGGUGUCACCUAUGGGGAGCAAGAUCACGGUGGACAUGGUGUCAGAGCGGUACCACCUGAGCAGUGAGGGCACCCUGCGGCUGUCCCAAGUCCAGGUGGAGGACUCAGGCCGCUACACCUGCGUGGCUCAGAACACAGAGGGGGCCGACACACGCGUCACCACCAUCCGGGUCAACGGCACCCUGCUGGACAGUGUCGAGGUGAUGAAGAUCUACGUCAAGCAGACCGAGUCCCAUUCCAUUCUGGUCUCCUGGAAGAUUAACUCCAACAUCAUGACCUCCAACCUUAAGUGGGCCUCGGCCACCAUGAAGAUUGACAACCCCCACAUCACCUACACUGCACGCGUGCCCGUCGACGUGCACGAGUACAACCUGACUCACCUGCAGCCGGGCACUGAGUAUGAGGUGUGCCUCACCGUCUCCAACAUCCACCUGCAGACCCACAAGUCGUGUGUCAAUGUGACCACGCGCAGCAACACCUUCGCCCUGGACGUGUCGGACCAGAGGCCUAGCGCCGCCCUGCUAGUUGUCAUGGCCACCAUGCUGGCCUUCCUCAGCCUGGCUACGGUGGGGGUGUAUGUGGCACGGCGCUGGAAGAGGAAGAACUACCACCACUCCCUGAAGAAGUACAUGCAGAAGACCUCCUCCAUCCCCCUCAAUGAGCUCUACCCGCCCCUCAUCAACCUGUGGGAGGUGGACAGUGAGAAGGACAAGGAGGGCGGGGCAGAGAGCAAGCCCUCCCCCGUGGACACCACACGCAGCUACUACAUGUGUUGAGGGGGUCGCCCCUCCCCCAGCACACACAGACACACUUGCAAUGUUGGGGGCAAAAAUCAGAUAGUUGCAAAUGUUUUUAUUUUUAGCUUUGCUAAUAAGUAGCAGAGUGAUAAGGACAGGAUUUGUAUUAGUAUAGCGUAUCGCCUUUGUUUGACUCUAUUUCUCUUUUAUAGUUUGGACUAUUCCAAGAUGGCAGCUGUGUCUAGCUUCUAGUUUGUCUCAGUUGAGCUGCUUUAUGGUGCGUUUUUGAUAGCACAGCCUUUUGGCUUGUUGCCAUGGACCCACUUUCUUAGUGUCGAUAACGCAGCAACAGGGACUACUAGUCUAGUUAAAGGUUCCUCUGGCAGUGUUGGUUGAGAUCACAUAGUUUUUUCUCUCUUUUUGUAAAACAGGUCAUCUGUUGUGCACUGAAAUGUAAAGGAGUUUGUAUGGACUUCAUUUAAAAGCUGACUAAGGGGAUUAGACCUGUUAUACUGUCUACUGAAUAACGUUAGCGAUUGUACGGUAAUGUUGUAUCAACUAUCAUUUGAAACUCUUUUUUAAUUGGGAAAAAAGUAUAAAUUAGUUUGCUGAUAAAUGUUCUGUAAAGCACGAGAAAUGUGAAUGUUUGAUAACAUGCAGUUACUAGGUACAGUAGUAGCUUUAUUUACUCUGAAUUAUUUCUUUCUUAUCUGCUAGAAUCUGUCGCUGACCACUUACUUUUGUUGUGAUUUCAUCACACAAAAUGUUGUAUAUGAGGAAGAAGUUGAAGUAAAUAACAUUUUGAUAUAAAUAUUCUCUCUCAA